CUGCUGCCUGAAGAGGCGGGGUGGGGGGAAGCCCCAGCCUCGGGGUGCGCCCGGCGGUCGCCCCCAGCGGGCACCUCUUUUCGCAAUAGCGAACAUGUUCUCAAUGAGGGUCGUGACCGCCGAUUACUACAUGAGCAGACCUCUACCCGGCCUGGACCCCUGCCAGUCCCACUUCAGAGAGGCCCCAGUCAAGAAGGUUCCCGUGGUGAGAGUAUUCGGAGCCACGCCGUCAGGUCAGAAGACCUGUCUCCAUUUACAUGGUAUUUUUCCUUACCUGUAUGUGCCAUAUGAUGGCUGUGGACAGCUGCCAGAACAUUAUCUGCAUCAUUUAGCAUUCAGCAUUGACCGAGCACUCAAUGUUGCUUUAGGAAAUUCAUCUUCUUCCCUUCAGCAUGUAUUCAAAGUGUCACUAGUCUAUGGAAUGCCUUUCUAUGGUUACCAUGAAAAGGAAAGGCAAUUUAUGAAGAUCUAUCUAUACAAUCCUGCUAUGGUGAAAAGAGUGUGUGAGCUUCUACAAGGUGGAGCCAUAAUGAAUAAAAUUUACCAACCUCAUGAAGCUCAUAUUCCCUACCUCCUCCAGCUCUUCAUAGAUUACAACCUAUAUGGAAUGAAUUUAAUAAACCUGGCUGCCGUCAAGUUUAGAACAGCAAAGAAAAAAGGUGAGCUGUUUGAAGAAAUUGGAUGUUAUAAAGAUGAUUUUUCAAGACUUUCUGCUACCAGCACCUUUUUUCGAUGGGGAGAUAAUCAGAUACCAAGCUCUUUAACACUGGAGGGCAUUGAACCACAGAGCACCUGUGAACUAGAAGUGGAUGCAGUGGCUGCUGAUAUUUUAAAUAGGUUGGAUAUUGAAGCCCAGAUUGGUCGGAAUCCAGGUUUGCAAGCAAUUUGGGAUGAUGAGAAACAACGACGUAGAGAGAAUAAAGAGUCUUCUCAGAUUAGUCCUCCAAACUCACAAGAUCGUGGAUUUGUGACCCCAACAGAAAGUGAAAAAUUCUUUCAGAAGAGACUUAAAGAAAUCCUCAAGCAAAGCAGUCUCCCUUUGACAUUAUCUGGAUCACCAGACUAUGGAUCACAGGAAUUCUCUCCUGAAUUGACACUACAUUCUGAGGUACAAUUUCCCAUGUUUCCAUGUUCACCAGCAAAUAUGAUAGAAGUGCACAGAGAUGAAGAACCAAGCAAAGAGUCCAGCAGCAAGUAUAAAGAAGAAAAUGCAGUUAUUAAUGAAGAAGCCAUUUUGAACAUCAUGGAAAAUAGUCAGCAUUUUCAGCCUUCUCCUCAGAGAUUACAUAAUACCCCAGUGUUCCUGGAUAAUAGCACUGAUCAAGCCAUGAUACAGCUCUUGGCUGGAUUGGAGGAUGAUGAAUAUGAAAUUGGAGGACAGAAUACAUUAUUGCAAGAGUUUUCAUCUGGAAACUGUAGAAAUCCACAAAACAGUGAUGAUGAAGAAAAUGAGCCACAAAUUGAAAAGGAAGAAAUGGAGCUCAGCUUGCUAAUGUCCCAGCGAUGGGACAGCAGCCCUAAUGAUGACAAUGUGAAGAGAAGGUCAGUGGGCAGAAGUAGGAAUCAGAGCUCAAGUGAAGAUGAUGGCUCUUCAGAAGAUGAUAUGGAUUGGAAUGAUAACCAUUUGCUUCUAGCAAACCUAUCUAUACCUCAGUUAGAUGGAACUGCAGAUGAAAACAGUGACAAUCCUUUGAACAAUGAAGGUUCUCGAACCCACACCUCUGCAAUUGCAACAAGCAAAGCGUCUGUAAAGAGUUCAAUUUUUCACAAGGGUGCUGCUACUCUGGAGCCUCCAUCUUCUGCUAAGAUUACCUUUCAGUGUAAACACACAAGUGCCCUUUCUUCUCAUGUUUUGAGUGAUGACUUAGAAGGGCGUUCUCAGCCAAACACAGCAGACAUAAGACCAGAAUUAUCAGUCCAUUCUUUUAUAAAAGAAAGCACUUACAGUGUAAAAUAUCCAACAUCCUUCAACAAUAUCCUCCAUUCUGAAAAUUCACCCAAGGAAAGUAAUAAAAGUGAAAUACUCCCAGUUUUGUGUGAAACUGCUUAUGAAGACAUUUCCUCAGUAAACAGACAUUUGUCUAACAGAAAGUACACUGGAAUCAGAAAGGCUGCAAAGGAUGUGUCUCUGCAUAUGAACCACCAAACUGGUGAAAGUAUUCUGGUUAAAAAUUCUAACUUUUCAGAUCUGGGUCACUCAAAAAUUAAAGCAUCCUCUGAAGCAAAUAAAAAAGUCAGUAGCACAAGUAUAAAUAACCUUUUCCCAGCACCAGAAAACUGUGAGUCUUUGUCUUGCUCCGAGAGUAAUCAAGCUAACAUUCAUUCUUCUGAAAGUAGCACUGAUGUAGAUGGCCUUAAUCAUCUUAAACUUAGAUAUGAAGAAUAUCAGGAGCAUAAGAGUGAAAAAACAAAUGUAAAUCAACAAACAGCACAUUACAUGUUUUUCCCUAGUGUUGUCCUUUCUAAUUGUCUCAGUCAGCCGCAAAAACUAGGUCCUGUGACUUAUAAGCUACAACAAGGCAAAAAACAGUCUAGGUUAAAGCUAAAUAAAAAGAAAAUGGUGCUCAGCAAUCAAGAGUCUUCAAGUGUUCAUAAUACUGCAUCCAUAAAAGAGAGCUGCUGUGUUCAAGGUAAUGCUAGUAACAAUGUUCCUGACAAAGAAAGUCCAUUACUGACUGAUACUGUUCAGGUGCCUCAUGGUGCUUUUGAAAACAAAAUGUCUGUGGAUACUAAUAAUUGUAUUGACUGCCAUUGUGAGGAUAGCACUCAAGAACCUGAGCAAGCAUUUGGACUAUGUGGAAAUAAGUACACACUCAGAGCUAAACGUAAGAUAAGUUAUGAAACUGAAGACAGUGAAUCUAGUUUUGGCAUGCACAACUCAAAAAGCAUUCUACCUCAUUCUGUGGAAAAUGAUGAAAAUUUGGAUGGAUCAAAAAAAUGUCGAAAACGAAGAAAACUUUCAAAAAAGUUGCCACCUGUUAUUAUAAAAUAUAUUAUUAUUAAUAGGUUUAGAGGGAGGAAAAAUAUGCUUGUUAAACUAGGAAAAAUAGAUUCUAGUGAAGAACAAGUUAUACUUACAGAAGAAAAAAUGAAUCUGUAUAGAAAACUUGCACCUUUAAAGGACUUUUGGCCAAAAGUUCCUGAUUCACCUGCUACCAAAUAUCCUAUUUAUCCAUUAACACCAAAGAAAAGUUACAAAAGGAAAGCAAAAUGCAAAUCUACCAAGAAAAAGAUUGGAAAACUACAAAAUAUAAAUAGCAAAAAUAUUAAAAGAACUCUGUAUUUCAGAAAGAGAAUGCAUGCUUUUCUUCCUCCCCCUCUACCUUCAUACAGUGCUGAAGCUGAAGACUGCGACUUGAGUUAUAGUGACGUUAUGUCUAAAUUAGGUUUUCUAUUAGAAAGAAGUGCGAGUCCAGUUCACGUAUCCCCACCUCGCUGCUGGUCUCCCACUGAUCCAGAUGCAGAAGAAAUUACAACUAAUCUAGAAAAAGAAACUUUAGUGUUUAAAAAUGCCAACACAUACAGCCCUAAGGCUAUUAAUCCCCAUCUGGGAAAACAAAGUCAAUCAAAAACUCAGGUUAAGAAAUGUAAAAAGCAAUUUGCAAGCACUAACAUAAGAACUAAUAAAAAGAAAAAGAGUAAUCUGACUAAUAAACAAGGAAGUGAGGCAAAGAAAAAGCCUAGAGCAAAGAAGAAACAAAAAACAGAAAAGGUGUCAAAAAUGGUAAUAGUUACAGAUGAAAAAAAUAGUAUUCCUUCUGCAGAAGUUAAACUUGUGUUGAAGCACCGUGAUUUACCUGAGAAUGUUCAGAGCUUGGGAAAUUCACAAGUAUUUCAUACACAGAAAGAGAUCACACCAGCUAUCUGUUCAGCAGGGCAUCUACCAUCAACACAACUUCAAUUGACUUCUAACACACAAGUAAACCCAUUGAUUUAUUUCCAUUCACUGUUGGAAAAUGAAAAGCCUGUAGGGCACCAAGGUUCCACUCUGUCACAAGAGGACAUUCAUCCAACCAUAACUCCUGCAGUGUCUGGAAGGGAGAAAAACAAGCUAAGUUUCCAAAGAUCGAACAAUCAAAGUGGUGUAUUUAGAAAAAAAGAACCAUCCUUAAUUCAAAAUAAUCUGUUUGAGCAAUCUAACCCUAUAUCUCAGGUAGCACUGAAUGCAUUCAGCUCCAAGGACUUAAUGCCUAAAAAGACAGAAGAGAUUAUAAAUUCACAAAGCAGACUUCUAUCCUCUGUUGCAAAUAUAAAUGAAAACUAUAAUACUUCUGACACAACAAAGACUGAUCAGAUUCAUCCUGGCAACUUUUUGCAUUGUAAAGAUAAUCAGCAGCAGAUAGUUUAUCUAUCAGAAGCAACAAAACAUGCUGAUCAUAUUUCUUUUUUUAAAACUUCUGAGGAAAGCCAUGGAUCAUUUCAGUUACCAAAAAAAUGCUUUGUAGCUUCUUUGAGAAGUCCAGUUAAAAAGCUAGGAUGGGAACAGAAGCAGGGAGGAUUUAUUCUAGAUAUGUCACAUUUCAACUCUGAAAAAAAUAUAAAACAAAGGAGUCUGACAGAAGCAAUUUCUCAAACCAAAAUUGAUUCCCAGUGUAAAAGCAAGACUCUGGUAACCCCUUCAACAUUCAACGAGGGACAUUCUGGCUUAGCUGUUUUGAAGGAAUUACUCCAAAAGAGACAACAGAAAGUACAAGUGAACAACAUGCAUGAACAAUUAUCAGUUAAAACUAAUUUGAGCAGUGGUAUUACAUACCCUCUUGAUCAAAGCAAAUCAGUUAAAAAAUCUCGUUCAGUUGCAUCUCCAAGAAAACCUCGUGCUCCUAAGGAUAAAAAAACAAAAGAAAAAAAAGUUAAGCUGUUAAAAGAUACUACAAAGCAGCUAAAUAGUAAAACAGGUCAUAUUACAACUGUAGAUAGUCCAGCUUUUUAUUCAGACCCAGGUUUUGAAAGCUGUUACUCACUUGAAGAUAGCCUGUCACCUGAUCAUAAUUACAAUUUUGAUAUCAAUACCAUAGGACAGACUGGAUUUUGUAGUUUGUAUUCUGCAAGUCAAUUUGUCCCAGCUGAUCAAAAUCUGCCACAGAAGUUUCUGAGUGAUGCUGCUCAGGACCUUUUUCCAGGUCAAGCUGCAGAAAUGGAAAUGUUAAGUCACAACAGCAAAAUAUCUAAGGAUGAAAACCAUUAUUCGUCAGACACCACAACAUGGUUAAGAUCAGGUCCACGAAGUCCUCAACUUUUUGAUAAAAGGUGUCUGGAUAACAGUGAGAGCCAUCUCCACAGUCAAUGGAAAACUAACAUUCUUCCAUCAGCAUCUCAACCUAAUUCACCAGAGGAUGUUCAGCCAGUGGAAAUCUGCCAGAAGGAGCAAUUUCAGUUGGAUAGAAAUGCAGUGAAGAAAGGAAUUUUUCUAAAUCUUUCUACACCAAAUAGUGAUUGGAAUCAAAAUCACUUUAGAAAGGAAGCCACUUCUGAACCCAGUCAAUCACUUGACUCUAUUAGUAUAUCUUUUUCUUCUAUUUUGUCUUCACCGGAUGGUGAACUUAUGGAUGCCACUUCUGAGGAUUUGGAGUUGUAUAUGUCAAGAAACAAUGAGAGAUUAACACCAACCCCAGAUAGUUCACCAACAUCUACAAGUUCUCCCAGAUCUACAAGUUCCCCUUCACAGUCAAAAAAUGGAAGUUCUACACCUCGUGCUGCUCAUAUCCUUAAACCUCUUAUGUCACCUCCAAGUCGUGAAGAAAUCAUGUCUACUUUACUGGACCAUAAUCUUGCAGAAACAAUUUAUCAGGAGCCAUUUUGUAGCAAUCCUUCUGAUGCACCAGAAAAACCAAGAGAGAUUGGAGGACGAUUACUUACAGUAGAAACUAGGCUUCCAAAUGAUCUACUUGAAUUUGAGGGAGAUUUCUCAUUGGAAGGGCUACGGCUAUGGAAGACUGCAUUUUUAGCAAUGGCACAAAGCCCUAGACCAGGGUCUCCCCUUCGCAAUAGCCAAUUCACUACUGACAAAAAACAAAGAAAUGGUCGUAAAAGUAACAAUGACAAAAAGAUCGUGAUCAUGCCUUGCAAAUGUGCACCAAGCUGCCAACAAGUGCAGUCAUGGCUUCAGACCAAAGAAGAUUAUGAACACUUUAAGAAAAGAAGUAUCAUUAAAUCAAUUGAGAUAGAAAAGGCUGAUGAGAGUCUGAAUGUUGUGUCCUUGCAUAAAAAUGUGAGUUAUCAAAUGGUCAAGGCAGCUGAGAAUUCCAGCUUAUCAAACAACUCUGUUAUACAAUCAGAAGAUCUUUGUUUUUCAUCAAGUCCUAUUCCCCCACAAAUUUUGGAAAGCUGUGGUACAAAUGAAUGUGAACUGGAUAAGACUAUCAAAAGAGGGUCAGUGCCACUUGUCACUGCACCAAUAGAAAUGGACCAGGAUGAAGAUUAUGUCAAUUACAGUUCUCCUGAUUCAUCGCUUCUUCCUCCUUGGCAACAAGUAAUAUCCCCAGAUUGCAAACCAUCUGACUCAGCGGGUAUAUCAACCUCUGUGGAAGAAAAUGAAACACUAACUGAGAGAGAACAGAACCUUGUCAAAAAGGACAACAGAAUAUCCUGCAGUGUCUCUCCAUUGGCGAGCAAAGAACACGAUGACAACUCUGAAACUGCCUGCCUGCAUAGUACACCUAUUGGAGAGAAAAUGUCUAAAGGACGAAUACCAGAAGCACUUGGACUUACUCCAUUAUUACCAGAAGAUCCAAAAAACCAGAAACUAACUCUUAGAAGAGCGCGCAAUGCUGAUGCACUUCGAAAAGUACUUUUAACAACUCAAGUUAAGAAUCAAUUCACUGCUCUAACUACCCCCAAAAAAGAGACUUCUCAGAUUUUAGGACCAUCUUUAAACAACUCUUACGGAUUUAAAAUAAGCAUACAAAAUCUUCAGGAAGCAAAGACUUUACAUGAGGUUCAGCAUCUUACAUUGCUUAGUCUAGAGUUACAUGCUCGAACAAGAAGAGAUUUGGAGGCAGAUCCUGAAUUUGAUCCAAUCUGUGCUUUAUUCUACUGCAUCUCAUCUGACACACCAUUGCCCAGUAUUGAUAAAAAGGACAUCACUGGUGCUAUAGUGAUUGAUAAGGACAGAACAAGAACAAUCUCAAGCCAAGGUAACAGAGAACAUGCUCCUCUACUUACAAGGUCUGGUCUCUCAGGAUUGGAAGUCACAUAUGCUACUGAUGAGAGAGCACUUUUCCAGGAGGUAGUGAAUAUUGUUAAAAGGUACGAUCCUGAUAUUUUAUUAGGCUAUGAAGUCCAAAUGCAUUCUUGGGGUUACCUCUUACACAGAGCAGCUGCCCUUGGUGUUGAUUUAUGCCAGAUGAUCUCUCGUGUUCCAGAUGAUAAGAAAGAAAAUAGAUUUGCUUCAGAUCAAGAUGAAUAUGGGGCUGAUACAAUGAGUGAAAUAAACAUUGUUGGACGGGUUGUACUAAAUAUCUGGAGAAUUAUGCGAAAUGAGGUGGCUCUAACUAACUAUAGCUUUGAAAAUGUGGGCUUUCAUAUACUCCAUGAGCGUUUUCCACUUUUUACUUCUCGUGUUCUGUCUGACUGGUUUGACAACAAGGCAGAUGUCUACAGGUGGAAAAUGGUUGAUUAUUAUACUUGCCGUGUUCGUGGGAAUGUUCAACUGUUAGAACAAGUGGACUUGAUUGGCCGAACAAGUGAAAUGGCACGACUAUUUGGAAUUCAGUUUUUGCACGUUUUAACAAGGGGAUCACAAUACCGUGUGGAAUCAAUGAUGUUACGUAUUGCUAAACCAAUGAAUUACAUUGCUGUGACACCCAGUGUCCAGCAGCGAGCUCAGAUGAGAGCACCUCAGUGCAUCCCUUUAAUAAUGGAGCCAGAGUCCCGCUUCUACAGUAAUGCUGUCCUUGUUCUUGAUUUUCAAUCUUUAUACCCGUCUAUAGUGAUAGCAUACAACUACUGUUUUUCCACAUGUUUGGGGCAUGUUGAGAACUUGGGGAAACACGAUGAAUUUAAAUUUGGCUGCACAUCUUUGAGAGUAUCUCCUGAUUUACUAUAUCGGCUUCGGCAUGAUAUCACAGUGUCACCCAGUGGAAUUGCAUUUGUCAAGCCGUCAGUAAAAAAGGGUGUAUUGCCAAAAAUGCUGGAAGAAAUUCUGACAACUAGAAUAAUGGUGAAGCAAUCAAUGAAAGCUUAUAAGCACGACAAAGCUAUCACUAGAAUGCUUGAUGCACGUCAGCUUGGCCUUAAGCUUAUUUCAAAUGUCACAUACGGUUAUACUUCUGCUAAUUUUUCUGGAAGGAUGCCAUGUAUAGAGGUUGGUGAUAGCAUUGUACACAAAGCCAGAGAGACCUUGGAGCAAGCAAUAAAACUUGUGAAUGAUACAAAAAAAUGGGGCGCACGGGUUGUAUAUGGGGACACAGACAGCAUGUUUGUACUACUGAAAGGGGCUACUAAGGAACAGUCUUUUAAGAUUGGUCAAGAAAUUGCUGAAGCUGUGACAUCUACCAACCCUAAACCAGUAAAGCUGAAGUUUGAAAAGGUCUAUUUGCCAUGCAUUCUGCAGACCAAGAAGAGGUAUGUUGGUUAUAUGUAUGAAACACUUGACCAGAAGGACCCAGUAUUUGAUGCAAAAGGCAUCGAAACUGUUAGAAGGGAUUCUUGCCCUGCUGUUUCCAAGAUACUUGAGCGUUCUAUCAAGUUACUGUUUGAAACACGUGAUAUAAGUCAUAUCAAACAGUAUGUGCAAAAUCAAUGCAUGAAGUUAUUAGAAGGUAAGGCCAGCAUGCAAGACUUUAUCUUUGCAAAGGAGUAUAGAGGAAGUUCUGCCUACAAACCCGGAUCCUGUGUACCAGCUCUAGAAAUCACAAGGAGGAUGCUUGCAUAUGACCGGCGGUCUGAGCCUCGAGUUGGUGAAAGAGUACCCUAUGUCAUUGUGUGUGGCAUGCCAGGAUUACCUCUCAUACAGUUGGUUAGGCGGCCCAUUGAGGUUCUACAGGAUCCCAGUCUGCGGCUGAAUGCCACUUACUACAUCACCAAGCAAAUUCUUCCGCCACUGGCCAGAAUCCUAUCACUUAUUGGUAUAGAUGUCUUCAGUUGGUACCAUGAAUUACCAAGGAUCCAAAAAGCUACCACCACAGCACAUGUUGAACAAGAAAGCCGAAAAGGGACAAUUUCCCAGUAUUUCACCACUCUGCAUUGCCCUGUAUGUGAUGAUUUGACUCAGCAUGGGAUCUGCAAUAAAUGUAGAAGUCAACCACAGCAUGUAGUAGUGAUUCUUAAUCAAGAAAUUCGAGAGCUGGAGCGUAAACAUGAACACCUGGUCAAGAUAUGCAAGAAUUGUACAGGUUGCUUAGAUCGACAGAUACCAUGUGUUUCAUUGAACUGUCCAGUACUUUUCAAGCUCUCCAGAGUGAGCAGAGAAUUAUCCAAGGCACCGUAUCUUCGUCAACUACUUGAUCAGUUUUAGAUUGCCUAUAUCCAAGAUUCCAGGUGCUAUUUUUUCAGUGUUUACCACUGUAAAACUAUCAUGCAUGGUCCUUCAAUUUCAUCUUGUUUGGGAUUUUCAUUUACUGUUGACUUAUUCUGAAAAAUAAUGAAUGUUUGUCCGAAGUAAACUAAAAUGCAUUUGUUAAUCUGUUAAUAGCUCCCUUUUUAAACUGUCAAUUUUCUUCAUUCUUCUGCCUUUUUAACAUACUGUUUUUUAAUGCAGAUGUUGAAAUAGCUGUGUGUUAACAUCUUGUAAAUUCAUUUCAGAAGUUUAUUUCCCACUGGACUUCUAAAGAAGUACUGAAAACAUAUGGGAAAAAUGCCAUUGUGUGUGAUUGAACUGUCAGUGUCAGGAUAUGUUACAUCAUCUACUUUAUAAUUUUGAUUGCAGAAUAUUUUGUAAAUAAACUUUUUUACUUUUCAAACAACUGAGUAAAAUAACGUGCAAUGAAUUUUAUACAAACAAUUUUAAAGUUGGUUGAGGUAUUUCCUCUUCAGUUUUGCUUGAUUCCAAGUAGAUUUGUUGUUUUGACCAGACUGUGCAAACAGUAGUAUGUGUAGCAUUUUGAAACAUUUUCUAAAAAUCACUGUUUUGCUUUAGCUAUUAAUUGGGGCAUUGUGAGGAACUGUGCAAAGACAUUUUUGUUACAAAACUGUGGGACUGUUGCAAUACUUUAAAUAAGAAAUUUUAUUCCAUUUUGCUUUUGUAUAGACAUUUCUAUUGCUUCUAAAUAUGCUUAAUAUUUCAUUAUGUAUUGUACAGUUAAAAUUUAUUUGCCAUCAUCUUGAGAAAAUGUGUAUUUAGAAUAUUUGUAUAACUGUAUAAAAUGAAAAGGAACUAUGUGGUCACAGUGCAUUGUUUUUUUAAAUUGGAAACCAUGUUUUAAAAAUUAAUGGAAACCAUAGUAAAACUGAAUAAAAUCAAAUAAAUGUAUGUGCAUUUUUAAACUUCACAGUAGUCAAUCAAAUAUUGGUUUUUAAUAAUAGUGUGUCAACUGAUUUGACUCAAAACCAUUUUCAGUUACUAGUGAUUGCUGUGUGUACCAUUCCUAGAUGUUUCAAGAAAGUGAUAAU